GUGCUGCUGGUGGCCGCCGGUGAGCGCGGGAUGUUUAGUGCUUAUGCCUGUGUGAACAUCUGGAUAGAAGUGCUUAAUGAAGAUGAGCUGCUCUGCGUGUCUGAAGUCUCCUGAUGCAGAAGACCCUCUGGAAACUUUAAAGAAUCUCGCCGAGAAAAUUAGGAUCUCUGACUCGGACAUAUUUCAGGAUCCUGAUUUGGACUUUGGCCCCGGUUUUGGAACCCUCAUUGCCAUUGGAGUUACUGUUUUUGCAGUGAUUGUUGUCACUAUUAUUCUGUGCCUCACCUGCUCCUGUUGCUGCCUGUACAAAGCAUGUCGACGCCCACGCCCUGUGGUGACCACUGCCACCACCACGACCGUGGUUCACUCUGCCUAUCCCCAGCAGCCUGCAGUGCCACCCAGCUACGCAGCAGCUCCGUACCAAGGCUACCAGCCCGUGGCUGUGCAGCCUCAGCCAGGCAUGCCUGUGGCUCCCUACCCUGCCCAGUACCCUCCCCCUUACCCCACCCAACCUGCAGGACCCCCAGCUUACCAUGAAACUGUGGCAGCUGGUGCUGGAGCUCCUUACCCCACCCAGCCUCCUUACAACCCUGCUUACAUGGAUCCUCAGAAGCCCACCUAUUGAAAAGCUUCUGCUGUGCUUCUGCAUACAAAACUUUUCAAAAUAUCAUUUGUUCUGUUUACACCAUGCUCCUGUACUAUAUUUUUCUGGAAGACAACAAUUUUUUGUUAAAGUAGAGUGAAAAUCAGUUCAGUAUCUUCUUUUUUUUCAUGCUCCAAGGGAGGAGUAUUUUUCUUGCAGAAGUUGAUUUAUACCUCAAGCAAAUACAAAAAGAGAUUUUGCUCUAGAUCCAAUGAGAGAAGCAAGAAGAAAGAGUAUUUCAUAAAUACACAACCACAAUACCAUUUGCUGUGCAAUAAUUUUGAGAGGAAUGGUCUAAUAUGAGCAUUGUCAAAUACCCAAAGCUGUAGCAAUCUUUUGCACAGUAUUAAAAUGUAAAAUCCUAACCUCUAAGAAACUACCUGAUACAUGUUAUGUAAGUUCUGCCUGUUUUGAAGCUACUAUUUUUAGGUAAGCUACCAUUUAAUACAUUUCAUUUAUCAUUCAAAAGGGAAUUUUCCUUUUUUGCAUCACAUUUGCCUUUGGUAAGGAGUAGUGUCCACCAUGUUUAAUUGCCUUUGAGCUAGUUCUAAAUAGCAUGAGUUGGUUGUUUCCUUGUUUUCUGUCCCAAUUUUAAGGUUUAUAAACUGUGCCUCCACUGGGUGUUAUAGCUAGAAAUCAACAGACUCUCUGCCACUUAAAGGACCAAAUAGAUCAAAAGCUGAAACCC